AUGGACACCAUACCUGAACCUGUGCUUGGAUCCGAUCAGGUACAAGAUGCGCAUGUCGCAGACCGUCAGGCAGCUGCUUUCAACGCGUUUCCAGAUGCCCAGCUGCUGCCGGAUCCACCGGAAAGCGAGGGAUACCAAGGGAAGAAGCCUGGCCCGGAAGUUCUAUUUCUGGAGGAUCCGCGGAAGUGGCCCAUGUCCAUGAAGGCUGUGGCCAUAUAA